ACACACACUCACACACAUAUAUAUAAGGUAUUGAGAGCAGGGUUUUGGUUACUGUACUUGGCAAGCAUUGGGGCUGCGAAAGGCUCUACUGGAGACAAGAAGUGACAGCAUGGCAGUCAGCACUGUACUGACACUCUGGAUGUGUGUCGUCCUGUUUGGGCAAGGGUCAAAGGCUCAGGACUGUGGAGAGGCACCUCUGAACAAAAGGAUAGUGGGUGGCGAGAAUGCGACAGCUGGGUCAUGGCCCUGGCAGGUCAGCUUGCACUUCAGAACUUUUGGUCACAUCUGUGGAGGGACCCUCAUCAGUAACCAGUGGGUACUCACAGCAGCCCAUUGCAUCAUUACAAAGUUAGGCAGUGCUUGGACCAUCUACUUGGGAAAAGAGACUCAAAGUGGCCCUAAUGUUCAUGAGGUGAGCCGCAAAGUGUCCCAAGUCAUCGUCCAUCCUGACUACAACAACUCGUACCUCAACAAUGACAUUGCGCUGAUGAAACUCAGCAUCGUCAGUUUCACUGACUACAUCAAACCAAUCUGCCUGGCAGGUAACUCCAGUCAGUUCUUCAACUCGACCAUCUGCUGGGCCACUGGCUGGGGCAAACUUAGUAAUGUGUCUUCGACUAUUCCUGCAAACCUUCAGGAGGUUCGGAUCCCUGUUAUUGGAAACAAUCAGUGCGCCUGCAAAUACCUAGCAGAAGAGGAUGCCAACAUCACUGACAGCAUGAUUUGUGCUGGACAAGAGAACAAAGGAGCAUGCCAGGGGGACUCCGGUGGACCUUUGCAGUGCAAACAAGGCUCAAAAUGGGUCCAGGCUGGCAUUACCAGUUUUGGAGUACCUUGCGCCAGAGAGUUCCCUGAGGUCUAUGCCCGUGUGUCUGAGUUCAAAACUUGGAUCACACAACAAGUGGCAGGAGCCAAUGUUGAAUUUGUGAGAUUUACCUCGAAUGGCACUGACCAAGACAGCAGCUUUGUGUGUGGCGUAAAUGAGGCAUCAACCUUUACAGCUGAACUUGCAUUUGUUGUCAUCUUAGUGACUGUGUUCCUGCAGCACAUUACAGUUCAGUAGCGCCCUUUUUGCAGCAACAACUUCUCAACUUCUUGAGCUAUUGUGUUUCUCUUUUAGAUCCCUUCAGAGUUUCACAUUUUACUUAGUUUAUAUGAUCCAAUUUUCAUUGUAGCUUCGGGAUUACUAUGGGGGAGACAAACUAAAGGAAAAUCCAACUUUAAGUCACUUAGUUUUGGGAGGGUGACAUGCAACUCUGCCUCCUGGUCUCAACUAUGGGAUGUUACAUUUGCUUUCUAAUAAAACUAAUAACAUAAACCUAAUAAACCAUCCAAAGUGGGAUGGAUGUUUUCUAUUUGUCUACCUUCUUCCAUUUACAUAUUAUGGAGGCCACUGUGCUCUUGGAAACCUUCAGCCCUGCAGAUUUUUUUUGUAAUCUUCCUGUUUCUCAUGCCCAUGACCUAAUGUCCUGAUAUGCAUUGUCAUCUGUGAGACCUAAAAUAGACAGGUGUGUGUGUGUGUGUGCCUUUCCAAAUUAUGUUGAAUCUUUUAACUUCCACAGUCAAGGUGUAGAAACAUCUCAAAGAUGAUCAACGAGAAAUGGGGGCAUAGCAAAGAUUCUGAAUACUCUGACCAAUGUGAUAUUGAAAGAUUUUGUUUUUCAUUAUUAAAAAGUCUAAAAGUC